CUUUCUCUUCCGAUCCAAUGUCCCAUACCGCCGCCCCUCCCCUCCCCUCCCCCACUCAUCGCUCUCCAAAUCUUCGCUUAAUCGCCGUUCUCUGACCUCGCAGCAGAGGCAACCCACCAUGGCCUCCGCUGCCGCGUCUGAUAUGCAGAGCAAGGAGGCGCUAGCCUUCGUCGACAACCCGCGGAUGGAUGGCCUCGCCGUCGUCGGCGCAUGUGAGAGCAUGCGGUGAUCCAGUCCACGAGGCCGAUGGAUCUGGCCGCCGAGUUCUACAACCAGACCAUCGAUGAGGAUGAGCGACACGAUGGGCUCGAGGCUGCAGUGGAGGCAACUGUCCAGUUCCUGAACAAGUGUUGGUGCAAGUAUAGAGAACCUUAUGUGCCAACAGUUCUGUCAGUUCUUUGGCAAACAAUGCUGAGAAGGGUAUAUAAAAAAGAGAUAAUGAAGCAACUUGGCCUUGUUAUUAAAGAAGAUGCUAUUGGCAACAUAUUCUGGAGUGUACUAAAGAAGAUGCUAUUGGCAACAUAUUUGGCCACUGGAAUGGGAAUGUUCAGUUCAGACUGUAGUGGCUCCAAUAUGCAGAACUGUAAGUAAUCAUCAAGCUCUUCACGGAUCCGGGCAGAUCCAGUGGCUACAGCUCAGAUCCGGGCGGACGAGGAUGGGAGGAGGCGUGGACUUGAACCUGCUGCUGUUGUUCACCCUUAGGAGUGUCUCUUCCUCCUUCCCUGCAGCUAUAUGACUGACCACUCUUGCUAAUCUUGAAUGAUCACAACUGCAGUAGAUAGAACAUGUUAAGGAUUAACUAAAUGUAAAUCAACCCACAAAAAAUAACUAACAACUGCAGUAUUGCUGGAGCUAUGCACUAACAUGAGUACUCUCCACGGUUCCUGUAUUUUAGUUAAAAAAAGAAGGCUUAUUAUAUGAUCUAUUGUGUUCCUGUAUUUGCAAUAGUAAUGGUUAUUUACUGUUAAUAAUAGUAAGACUUGAUGCUUAGGCGGCAGCGAGGGAGCACAAUAGUCGUCACGCAGUUGUGGAUGAAUGGGCGUGUGCCAAGGCAGGGUACAUACGCGGGGUUUGGGACGCGCAGGGGUGGUACAGGGGGAACACUGCUGCGGCCGAUGCAGUAUGGGAUGAACGCCUGCUAAAGGACGAGACUUUGUACAUUAAGUUUUGCAGGGCAAGGGGUCGGCGGUCGGCGUCGGCCGCGGAUGUGCUGUUGCAGUGCAGGUAAGCACUGCUUGCUCUGUCAGUAACAAAUAGGGAGUUAACCCAACAAUACAUGAUUCAUUGAGUAGGGUACUGUUCUAGUACACUAAAUUAGAAUUUCACAUGGCAGUAUAGUCUACCAUUGUUUGUAAAGAUUCAUUAGGAUGCUCAUACUGAAUCUUUAGUUUGUAUGUGUAAUCUGUAAACUUGCUAUCUAGUGAGUACUUUUUAGUCACAGAAUGAACUCAUACCGGUUAGUGUUCAUGUGCAAGUAAAACUGGAUUCCUACCAGACUAACCAACCUUCUACCUGCUGUUACACCUAUGUUGCUGGUUGCUGGAAAUGAUUAGUUUGUACUAUGCACAUUUACAUUGCAACUAAUUAGUACAAUGAGAGUAUUUACUUGGAAAACCAGUAAGAUUUGUAGCCACAUGUAAAUUUCAUUGAUAAACAAUAUUAUUAAACUUAAAAAGCUUCACUGAAACUAGUUGCAAGCAAGUGCUUUCUUGCGGAUGUUUUGUUAGCAAAUAUGAAAAUAGCAGCGAGUGCUAAUGCUUAAGGUUUGUUUUUAGAAUUAACAAAUUUGAAAACGACACCUAAUGUUGAACACAGAUGAUAGCUCGUGAUGAUUUUGUAACUAAUUUCACUCAAAUACCCCAUCUAUAGCACAAUAGAGUUUAAUCCAGUACUGAUGAUUGCUACGGUUUGCCUUUGAACAAUGCUUGGUUUUGAGCUACCGCCACUUUGAGCUGGUGUACGCUUGUAUCUAUCUGUUGCACAUGUGCUUAUAUGUUGUCUCUUGGAUCUCAGUUGCCAUUUUUCCGAGUUGCAUGUGGAUCUGUUAAUUAUUCUGUUUCUAGUUGGUGUAUGUUAUUGUUAGAUUAGAAGAUAUUUGCUUUCAUACUAAACCUGACAGCCAUAAUAACCAUUGUUUCCUCUCUUUUGCACGAGUUUCAGGUUGAAGAAGUUGGAAGACUGGAAGGCAUCAUACUCAGCCUGGACUGUAGUAGUUAGCUCAGACUAGUCAUAUCGUUGCAGUUAAUUAUGUUCCUGAGAGAUUUACAUUACAGAAUGGUUGUAAUGUGCUACUUUUUCGUACUUUUUAAAAUGUUCUAUAUUCCUGGGAGAUGUGAACUGUUGGCAUGACUUCAAUAUAUAAUUUCAUUUUACUCUUCGA